GGGACUUGGACGCCGGGUCUCCUGGCUCUGAGGUAGGGACACUACCACUGCACCACCAGAGCCUGUAUCUCUUUGCGUCUACAGUAGGAACUGAAGUGUCGCGGAACGUAUUGUCAGCGCUCACGGGAGCCCGGGGGGGUUGUUUUUGUGGGUGCGCCAAGAUGGCGGCGACCAUCGGUGCGGAUUUCACGGAACCGCCGCCGAAUAUUUUCUAUUUUCGGGACCCGAAGCCGGUGGCGGAUCCGAUCGACGAUCCGGGAAAGAUCCCUGGAUGGAGUCCGGGCCAGGUGCCUCUGGUGGUGGAUAACGGGUCUUUCCAGUGCCGGGCCGGCUGGGCCCUGGACCCGAAGCCGCGGCUUCAGUUUAAAAACGUUUCGGCGCGGAGCCGCGGCGCCUCCCGCAGCGACACCCAGGUCGGCAACGACAUCCGCAACCUGGAGGUGGUCCGCUGGCUGCUCAAGUCCCAGUUCGACAGGAACGUGGUGGUGAAUUUCGACCUUCAGGAGCAGGUGUUCGACCACGUGUUCCAGCACCUUGGCAUCACCUCCGAGUUUUGCGUGGAACAUCCAAUCGUUUUAACAGAAGCACCAUGUAAUCCACUGUAUUCACGACAGUUGAUGUCCGAGCUCCUGUUUGAGUGCUACCACGUUCCCAAGGUGUCAUAUGGAAUUGACGAUCUUUAUAGCUUUUGGCGCAAUAACAAACACCCCGCCACUGGAUUGAUUGUUUCCUCUGGGUAUCACUGCUGUCACAUUCUGCCUGUGCUGCAUGGCAGGUUGGACGCUCAUAACAGUAAAAGGAUUAAUCUGGGUGGAAGCCAGGCAGCAUCAUACAUGCAGCGACUGCUGCAGCUAAAGUAUCCUGGCCACUUGCCGGCUAUAACACUCAGCAGAAUGGAAGAGAUUCUCCACGAACAUUGUUACAUUGCAGCCGACUACAUGGAAGAGCUCAACCUGUGGAAGCAGCCGGACUUCUAUCAGAAAAAUAUACACAGGAUGCAGUUGCCCUUUAACAACAAGCUGCUGGCCAGCACCUUGACUGCCGAAGAGAGGAUGGAACGGAGGCAGCAGCAGAUUCGCAGGCUACAGGAGCUCAACGCACGGCGCAGGGAGGAAAAACUACAGCUCGAUCAGGAAAGACUCGAGAGACUGCUCAGCAUCCAGGAGCUUUUGGAAGAAGGCAUGACUGAGCGCUUCAAGCGAGCUCUGUCAGAAAUGAACAUGGAUUCUGCAGAGGAGCUGCAGUCGUACGUUAACAAGCUCAGCCUGGCCAUCGAGCAGACCAAGCAAAAAAUCCUGCAGGCGGAGGUGAAUGUGGAGGUGGACGUUGUUGACACGAAGCCAGAUGUUUCUGAUCUGGAUCAAGUGCUGAGUUGUGAUCAGUCAAUGGACGAGUUGGAAGGAGUGAAUGAGCUGGACCAACUUUUCCCUGAAUAUCAGAAUGACUUUGGCAAGCAAACCAACGUAGUUCAGCCAGUUGGACAGAUGUUCAAUCUAGCUGAAUACCAUCAGCUGCACCUGGGCAGUGAGCGAAUCCGAGUUCCUGAGAUUAUCUUUCAACCAUCUUUGAUUGGUGAAGAGCAGGCUGGUAUAGCAGAAACCCUGCAAUAUGUCCUGGACAGAUAUCCCAAGGAUCAACAGGAUGAGCUUGUACAAAAUGUGUUUCUUACUGGUGGUAACAUCCUAUACCCUGGGAUGAAGACCCGGAUGGAGAGGGAGCUACUUACCAUGAGACCAUUUCAAUCCACUUUCCAGGUAACCAUGGCUGCCGAUCCUGUUCUGGAUAGCUGGUUAGGUGCACGGGAUUGGGCUGCUGAGUAUAAGGGUCAAGCUGAGGGCUGGAUAACCUUAGCUGACUAUGAAGAGAAGGGAGGAGAGUAUUUAAGUGAACAUGUUGCUUCCAAUGUUUACGUGCCAAUGAGCCUUACGAAACCAACUUAAGAGUGCUGAUAUGUAAAAGGACUCCCGGACACAUUUAGCUCUUGACAUUUCUUUUGCUGGAAAGAAAAAGAAGGCCUUUUUAAUUCAAAGGUUUGAAACUUUCAGUAUAUUGGAGAGUGUACAAAAUAAAUACUUUUUGUAACAACUCUAUUCUGCUCUCACAUUUUAUACUCUUCAGAAAUAUUAGAUAUCCUAUGAUUCAUGAUUCAGUGCUACAUCUUAGAUUGUCUAUGAAGAGACUGAGAAAAACUUUAUACUUGCCAGUUUCUAAUCACUUUUCAUGGAAUGGAACAAAUCACUAUUGCUGUUUGUUGCAACAAGGAACAGAUGAAAUUCAUCCCAAUGAAUUUGAUUGUGUUCACUCAAUGGCCAUCCCUGGUGCUGAAUGUGGAGAUACUCUUCCUCUCCAACCUUGGUCUUGUGACGCAUAAUCCACCAGUCACAAACAGUCACAAAUGGCUAUGAAAGUUGAGAUUUUGUUCAGCAUUUGCACAAUUUGGUUUGGACAUGUUCUGAAGGAUCAUGCUAGGUGUACUGAAAUCACAGGAUAUUUAAAGAUGGAGAAAGUGAAGCUUCAUAUCCAAACUUCAAACCAAAUGCUGUGUUUUAACUUAUUUAUUAAUUUAGAUUAAUCUCUGAUUUUGACUAUUAUCACUUACUGCCGUGAGCCCUCUAUAAGAUGCAGAAUACAGUAAGUCUAUACAGAGCUAUCAACAUCACAAUCAUGUUCCUAUCUCAGAAUUGCUUACCUGGAAUGCAGACCAAAUAUUAUAUUUGAUUUGAUUAUAUUUUUGUUUAAUUAAAACAUUUAAAUGGGAUUUUUAAAAAAAAAACUUUAUUUUUACUUCCUAAAGCCACUGGCUUUCUUUGGGCUACGUUUUAUUUAGCUUGUUGUUAGAAUUGUUUCUCGGUUUGCAAGUAACAAUGCUUCAUUAAUAAGUCUAGACAGCCAAACAUUUUCAGGGUAACUCAGGUCUGGAUCACCAGCUUUUUUUUAACCCCACUGUCUAAUGUAGCACAGUGUUUCCAUUGCUGCUGCCAGAGAGACUUUAGAAAAGUUAAAGACUGGAUGAGUGGAAGAUGGGCUUUUUUCAGAAAGACUAGUGAAAGUCAAUUUAAUAGGCUGAGGGAUGGGAAACAGUAGAUAAGCAAAGUUUGUGUUUAGCGCAUAUUUUUUCCCUCCCUUGUAUCAAAGGAUAAAGAUCCAGCCAAGAUAAAAAAGAAAGAAGUUGGGUUACUGUAGCACCUUUCACAACCUCAAGUCACCCCAACGUGCAAUACAGUCAAUAAAGUUGGAAAUGUUGUCGCUAUUGUAAUGUAGGAGACACAGCAGUCAAUUUAAGCAUAACAAGAUUCAGUGAGCACCAAUGUGAAAACGAUCAGUUAACACUUCUUAGUUAAGUUGAUUAACCAGGAUCUUGACUAGGACACCAGGGAAAAUUCUCCCCUCUGACAAAUUAGUGCCAUGAUAUCUUUUAUGUCGAUCUGAGUGCACAGAUGGGGGCUCGGCUUAUUGUCUCAUCUCUCAGUACUGCACUGGGAAUGUCAGACCUGGAUUAUACAUUCAAGUGUAGGUCCUGAACCAUACAAACCUAUUAUUCAAAGAUGAAAACGCUUACCAACUGAACCAGCGUAUCUAUUGCCACAUCAAACCCUUCAAAAAUGAGGGAUGAAAAGCAUUUAAAAUGAUCAUGAAAGAAACAGGAACAAAAGAAACAUAUGGUAGAGUAAUUUCCAAACAACCCACUCCCCAAGGGAAAAACCUUGAACAACAUGAUUUUUAUAACGUGUUAGAAUUAUUGGAAAUCUUAAAGGCUUAAUACAUCUGGGACCCAAGCUCUGUCGUAACAAAUGCAUCAAAAAAGCUAAAACCUUUGGCUAAAAGUGAAGUAAAAGAAUAAGGAUGGCCAUUGGGAAUGGAAAUUGUUAAUUUUCACAGCUUGUGCCUCUGUUGCUGCCGGCUGAAGUUAUUUAAAAGCUCAUCUUCAAAGGAUUCAGAAAGCCUAGUGUACUACUGAGACUACAGGCAGGAUGAAUACAUCUUAAAAUAGUAUGGGAAGUUCUCCAAUUCUUCACAAACACCAUGUUGUGGAUGAGAUUAAAUGGAGUGUACUACAGUGAUUUAAUGUUAAAUUGUCACAUUGCUGUUGGAUAUGUUGGUUCCUCAUGGACAAAGUGUAUUUGCUACAAAGGAAAGAACACUGCGUUCUUAAUAUUUUUAUAUAUGUGUGUUUUAGGCAUCAUUUGUCUGCAUUUUUUGUUUGGGUAUCAACAGCAUGUGUAUCUGGGCACAAAUAAUGCAGGAAAUUCUGGGCCAGCGUCUGAUUAUCUACAUUAUUUCAUCUCUUCUGUUGCCGUCUCCUCCCCAUUAUGAAAAUGUGCUUUUUUUAAGCAACUGUAUUCCAUGGAAUUUUUAAGAACUAUGUUUUCAAUAAGUUGAAUUGUGUUGAUGCAUUGCUCACCUUGGUUAUGUUUCAGAUUACUGAUUACAGUAAAAUUACUACAAUGUUCAU